UGAGUGGAGUGAAAGCCACAAACAAAUCAGAUAUCAUCAAUAAUAUCUAUUAUAUUCCACUGAAAAUGAGAAUUAGAUACCAAAAUGUUACUGCAUGCGCGCUAUUGGUACUUGUGAUGGUAAUGGCUGAAAUUGCAGGCAUUUGUGCGAAUUCAAGUACUCUCCUCCACUCUCUGUGUGUUGAAAGAGAGAGGCAAGCUCUUGUGAAGUUCAAAGCAUCCCUGAAUGAUUCAUCAAACCUGCUUUCCUCCUGGCAUGGCCAUGACUGCUGCCGAUGGAAAGGGAUCGGCUGCGACAAUGUUACCGGUCACGUUGUCAUGCUUGAUCUUACCACUCCUUAUCUGAAAUGCAGGAGAUCCGAGGCACAAAUUGAAUACACGCCGGAAGAAUAUGAUUAUGAGGAGGUUAUAUCAAGUGAAUGUAACCCUUUCUUCGAUCAAUAUUUAGAAGCUGGGAAUGUUACUUCGUCCCUACUGGAACUGGAAUUCUUGACUCAUUUGGACUUGACUGGAAAUGACUUCUGUUGGAGUCCCAUACCGAUGUUCAUUGGUUCUAUGCAACGCCUCAGGUAUUUAUCCCUCUCUGAUGCUGGUUUUGGCGGGAGAAUACCCAGCAAUCUUGGAAAUCUCACCAACCUCCACUUUCUUGAUCUGAGUGGGAAUGGAUUUUCACCAGACAGCAACAUCAAUUGGAUUUCUCAACUGCCAUUGCUGGAGCACCUCGACAUGAGCUCUAUUUACUAUGGGUUGCAGGUUGAUAUUCUUAAUGUCACCAUCAGUGCUCCUAACCUUCAAAUCCUAACUCUUGCCCACAAUAGACUUAAUGUAUCAAAUUUGGAUGCUUUCCAAAAUGCAACUUCUAUUGAAUUUUUGGAUCUUUCUUGGAACAAUUUUGACUCCCUUCCAUCCUGGUUUCACAAGUUUGAGAAACUCAAGCAUCUUUUUCUUUCAUCUAAUAACUUCCAAGGUACAAUUCCGGAUGCUUUACAAAAUAUGACUAGCAUUGAGGUCCUUGACCUUUCUGACAACUCUUUCACUUCAGUUCCAUCUUGGUUUGUUGAGUUAAAGAAACUUGUCUAUCUCAGUCUUUCAAGUAAUAAAUUAACAUCCAUGGAAUGUUCCAUUUCAUCCAUUUUAAAAAAUAUGUGUCACCUGAAAAGUCUAUAUAUAGCAGGAAACAAACUCCGAAAAGAAUCCAUUGGAAACAAUGAUUUGUCUACCUGCAUUAGACAUGAUUUGGAGGAUCUUGACUUGAGUGAAAAUGAAUUUAACAAUCAUUUGCCAUCUUGGUUAGGACAACUUGAAAAUCUAGGCAACCUUAAUCUCCAAAAUAAUUUUUUCUAUGGUCCCAUUCCCUCUUCUUUUGGAAAAUUACUGAAAUUGAAAAGGUUAUAUCUAUCCAACAACAAGUUAGAAGGGGAUCUUCCAGAUUUUAUGGGACAACGUGUAAAUUUACAGGUGGUCGAUCUUUCAAAUAAUUCAUUUAAUGGAACGAUUACUCAAAAUCUUGAACAACUUGUAAAUUUACAAUAUUUUGAUAUCUCAAAUAAUUAUCUAACGGGAUCCAUUCCUUCGAGUCUUGGCCAACUUAUAAAUCUAACUAUCCUUGGUUUGUCAAAUAAUUAUUUAAAAGGGAUCAUCCCUGCAAGUCUUAACCAACUUGUAAAUCUGUCUUUCCUUGAUCUUUCAAGGAAUAAAUUAAAUGGGAGAAUUUGUAUUGAUUUUCAAAAACUUGGGGUUCUAUCACACUUGGAUCUAUCUUCAAACAAUUUGAAUGGACCCAUUACAGGGGAAAAAGGUUGGCCUUUGUUUAUCCCAGAAAUGUGGUAUUUGAAUCUCUCCCAUAAUCAGAUCAGUGGCUCACUUCCUGAACAUAUUGGUCAUAUAAUGCCCAAAUUGAGGUCCUUGAUUCUUGGAAAUAACCUCAUAAAUGGUUCAAUUCCAAAAUCAUUGUGCCAGCUUGAUUUGAGAGUCCUGGACCUUUCAAAGAACAGAAUAUCUGGUGAAAUCCCCAAUUGUUGGAAGGAGAACGGAGAAUGGGAAGAAAUAAAUUUGUCAUCCAACAAACUCACAGGAGCUUUUCCAACCUCAUUUGGGAAUCUCUCCACUCUGUCAUGGUUGCAUUUGAACAAUAACAGUCUUCAUGGAGAAUUCCUAGCAUCUAUGAGAAAUUUGCCACAGUUGUUGAUUAUUGAUCUCGGAGAGAAUCAACUUUCUGGCACCAUCCCAUCAUGGAGUGCUAACACAUUUUCUUCACUACAAAUUCUAAGAUUGCGGCAAAACAGGUUAAGUGGUAGCAUUCCUUCACAGAUAUGUGAACUCUCAUCCAUUAAAAUCUUGGACCUUUCUCGCAACAAUUUAAAUGGUUCAAUACCUCGCUGCAUAGGCAAUCUUCGAGGAAUGACUCUUGAGGCUCCCGCAUUGUCUCCUACUUCAUCUGCGGACGAGCUUCACAAUUCGUCUCUUGCACAAGAAUCUGGUUGGACAACUGAGGAUGUGAUAGAAGUCAUAAAAGGAAGAGAACUUGACUACAUAAGAAUCUUGAAGCUUGUAGUCAUCAUGGACUUGUCCGAGAAUAAUUUGGUUGGCUCCAUUCCAAAAGGAAUAACAUUGCUCAAUGGUUUGCAUAGCUUGAAUCUAUCAAACAAUCAUUUGAUUGGAAAGAUCCCUAACAUGAUAGGGGAUAUGAGAUCACUUGAAUCCUUUGAUGUUUCGAGUAACCAACUCUCGGGUACAAUUCCAAGCAGCAUGUUAGCUUUAACAUCACUAAGUCAUUUAUAUUUGUCGUACAAUAACUUCUCUGGACCAAUUCCCACAGAUAACCAGUUUUUAACUUAUGAUUCAUCGAGUUAUGCUGGAAACCCAUAUCUCUGUGGAUUUCCUUUACCCAACAAAUGUGGUUAUUUACACCAAGUUUAUGGGGGAAGUGAAUUUGAAGAUGAAGACAGCAACUUAGAUAAGUUGGAAAAGUGGUUGUUCUACCUUGUCAUUGCAAUUGGCUUUGCAACUGGGUUUUGGGGAGUUAUUGGGACUUUGUGGUUCAAGAAAACUUGGAGGCAUGCUUACUUCAGAUGGGUGGAAGAUUUAGCCGACACGAUCUAUGUCACAACUGCAAUAAGAAUGGCAAAAUUGAAGAAGUGGAUGAUGAAGAGAAACCGUGUUGUUGCUUGAUCAUGUAUUCAUGUGUGUGUUUUUAUUUUUAUUUUGAAGAAUCAAAGGUGGAAAUAAAUUAAGGAAAGUGAAUGAUGUUUGAUGCAUGUAUGAAUGUAUGUGUUAGAAACAAGAGACUAAUUUGGAGAAAGGAUAAAGGA